AUGGGUUGGUUCGACGAUAAUCGUGAUGCUCACCAGCAAGUCUACGGUGAUGAGAGACACGAAGGAAAGUUCUCCCACGAACUCAUUGGCGGCGCUGCUGCCUUCGAAGGAAUGAAGCUCUUCGAGGAUCGGCAACGUAGGGAAGGCAAGGUUGUUUCCCACUCCUUCGCCAAAGAGCUCCUUGCUGGAUUCGCCGGAGCUGAAGUUGACAAACUUGUGGAAACCAAGGGCAUGGACGAAUAUGAUGCCGUGAGAGCCAAGAGACAUGCGAGGGAUGCUGCUGAGAACAUGUACGAUCAACAUUAUGGACAGGAUGACCAGUACAAUCCCGACCAGCGUGACCAGCCCAACUUCAAUUACUAG